AUGGACGACAUCGGUGUCGACGCCUCUGCCGCCGCCACGGCGCUCCUGAGGUACAACCAGCGGUUUGGCACCGCCGUCGCCGUCGCCGGCCUCACGCUUGACCACUUGACGGAGGCGAUGGCACACCACCCGAUGGCGGUGGCCUACGCCUACCCCACCGUCGCCCUCGACCUCGUCGCCCGCUUGGUCCACCAGCAACACCCGCGGGCGCUUGCGGUGGUGGGCGAGCUUGCGGCGGUGGUGCUGCCGGUGAUGCUGUUAGCCCAAUGGUGGCUCCAGCAACACGGCGCCGGCGACGACGUGGUGGCGCUUUACCGGCUCCUCAGCGCCGACCGCCAGCGGUUUGCCGCCUACGUCGACGCCCCGCGCCUCAGCGCCCUCCUCAACGAUGCCGAUACCCCACUCCCUACUAAGUAUAUCGCGGCGCUCGUCAUGGCGCAGUGGCUACAGAAGAGCGACGCCGCCGCGCGGGCGCUCGUUAGUCAAUACGUGGGAGAAGCCGCCGAUGUGGUGGGGCCUUGGGACGGCCACAACGACGUCCAUUACCAGUUUAUCCCCUUAAUCGAAGCCAAGCGGAUCGCGACCUACAAGAAUUUGCCUGCUGUCACCACCGAAAAGGCUCUGGUGACCAUAACUCCCUCUGAGCUCUCGCCGCUUGUCACCUCGGUGUGUGGGGUACUCGUGCCGCAAAUCACCCCUAAACUGGCAUCCACCACCGUUGACGAGGAACCGUUCGUCGCUACCGAAGGCGCCGUGGCUGCGCUCCGCUCAUUAGCCACUCAUAUCCAGCAUAACCGCCCCGUCCUUGUCCACGGACCCGCAGGCCUGGGCAAGACGUUCAUGGUGCACCAGCUUGCCCGCUACAUGGGAUUCUCUGGGGAGAUUGUCAAAAUCCAUUUGGGGGAACAGACGGACUCGAAACUCCUCCUUGGCACUUAUACUUCCGGUGACACUCCCGGUACUUUUGUGUGGAGGGCAGGGGUUUUAACCACUGCCGUCACCGAAGGGAAAUGGGUGGUGAUUGAAGACAUUGACCAUGCUCCUACCGAAGUGUUGCUGGUGCUUUUAACGCUUUUGGAGAAGCGACAACUCACAUUAGCCCUGCGAGGCGAUACUAUCAAUGCCGCGCCUGGGUUCCAGCUUUUGGCCACAGUACGCUCCGAUAAUGACGAAGAAGUGCCUGAUCUCAUCGGUAUUAACCGCUGGACUCCUGUGGGGCUUGGUGUUCCUUCAGCUAGAGAAAUCCGCCAGAUCUUAGGUGCUCGUUUCCCCAGGCUUUCCCCUCAAUUGGUGGACAAGUUCGUCCGCUGCUACCACCAGGUGGCCGACAUCUACCGCCAGCCGCGGUUCGUGCUGCUUAAUAACGGGCUGGUGCCCCGUAUAGUGCUGUUCCGCGAUGCCGUCAAAUUGUGCCAAAGAUGCCACUACCACUUGGAGCAGCGCAAUUUAGAAGGGAACCAGCCGUUACCCUCCGAAGUGUUUGACGACUUCUUCGCUGAAGCGGUUGAUUGUCUUGCUCUGGCAUUGGCUGACCCGCGCGCAGUGGUCCCUGUUGUCUCCGUGAUCGGCCAGUGUCUCGAAGUGCCCGAGCUGAGAAUCGAGUUGUACUUGGCGAAACAUGUGCCGAGGUUCGUUGACCUGCUGCUGGAGGUGAGAAUCGGCCGGGCAUUAUUGCAUAAGGGACCCAAAUUCCGCCAUAACCAACAAAAGCAGACAUUUGCCGCUACUAAUCAUGCUCUUCGUUUGAUGGAACAAAUUGCUGUUGCCGUGCAAAUGGUGGAACCAGUACUUUUGGUGGGGGAAACCGGUACUGGUAAGACCACCGUCGUCCAACAAGUGGCGCAAUUACUUAACCAGAAGCUUACGGUGAUUAACGUGUCGCAACAGACGGAAGUGUCGGACUUAUUGGGUGGGUUUAAGCCCGUUAACACUCGCUUAGUCGCCGUACCUUUACAACAGCGGUUUGACGAAUUAUUCGCUGCUACGUUCUCGCAAAAGAAAAACGAACGUUUUGCUACUGUGCUUGCGAAACAAGUGGCCAAGGGCAAUUGGAAGAACGUGGUGAGAUUGUGGCACGAAGCAGUGAAGAUGGCGGAGUCAGUGCUUCUGCCCGAAGAACCCGCUGCCAAGAAGCGUAAGCUUGACGUUAACCAACGCGCCGAGUUGGUGAAGCAGUGGGCAGACCUUGAUACCCAAGUGACCAGCUUUGAGCUUCAGGCGCUUCAACUUGAUCUGUCGUUUGUGUUCUCGUUUGUCGAAGGUCUGUUGGUCAAGGCUGUUAGACAAGGCGAAUGGUUGUUGCUUGAUGAACUUAAUUUGGCGCUGCCGGAUACGUUGGAGGCCAUUGCCGACUUGUUAGCUCCUGUUGCCAGCCAGAGACAAGUGAUGCUCACCGAGCGUGGUGACAUCGACUCCGUCGUCGCUCACCCCAGUUUCCGCUUAUUCGGGUGUAUGAACCCGUCUACGGAUGUUGGUAAACGUGAUCUCCCCGGGCUGAUACGUCUGAGGUUCUCCGAGAUCUACGUCCACUCGCCCGACGGCAAUGUCGACGAUUUGUGCCAGAUUGUUGACAAGUAUAUUGGCAGAUACGCUGUUGGUGACGACUGGGUGGUAAACGACGUGGCCAUGCUUUACCUCAAGGCCAAGGAGAUGGCGCAGCAGCACUUGCUUGUUGAUGGUGCUGGCCAGACUCCUCACUUUUCUAUCCGUACUCUCACCAGAACUUUGGGCUAUGUUGGCGAUAUUGUCUCGAUGUACGGGCUUAGACGGUCGUUGUACGAAGGGUUUUCGAUGCUGUUUUUGACUCUUCUUGACAUUGAGCUGGAGAAGAAGCUUGAAAAGGAGAUCUUUGCUGCUACUGUGGGGAAGAUGGCGCUGGCGAAGCUGAUAUUGAACCAAGUGCCGCGUACUCCUAAAGACGACAACCAAUACGUCCAAUUUAAGCACUAUCUCCUCAAGCAAGGGCCGAUGGAGCCGCAACCACAACCGCACUAUAUCAUCACCCCUUACGUCGAACACAACUUGCUUAACCUCGUGCGGGCUACUUCUGGUCGCCGGUUCCCUGUGUUGGUCCAGGGUCCUACUUCCGCAGGUAAGACGUCGAUGAUCCAGUACUUGGCGGCGAUCUCCGGCCACAAGUUUGUGCGAAUCAACAACCACGAACACACCGAUUUGCAGGAGUAUUUGGGCACUUACAUCUCCGACGACACCGGCAAGUUGACGUUCCAAGAGGGUGUGCUUGUGGAAGCUCUUCGUAACGGUUACUGGCUUGUGUUGGAUGAACUUAACUUGGCGCCUACUGACGUGUUGGAGGCGUUGAACCGUUUGCUCGACGAUAACCGUGAAUUGUUUAUCCCCGAAACCCAGGAGGUGAUUCGUCCUCACCCGAACUUCAUGUUGUUUGCCACGCAAAACCCGCCUGGGGCCUAUGGGGGCCGUAAGCAGCUCUCGCGGGCGUUCCGGAAUCGGUUUUUGGAACUCCACUUUGACGAUAUCCCUCAACAAGAAUUGGAAACUAUCUUGGUGCAAAGAUGUCAAAUCGCCCCGCUGUACGGUAAGAAGAUUGUUGAAGUGUACCGCCAGCUUUCCAUCGAACGGCAACGGACACGGGUGUUUGAAAAGCACUCCUUCGCCACCCUUCGUGACUUGUUCCGUUGGGCUCUACGUGAAGCCGUGGGGUACGAGCAACUUGCGGCUAAUGGGUACAUGCUUCUUGCCGAGCGAGUGAGAGUUCCUGCUGAACGUCAAGUGGUGCAACAAGUGCUUGAGAAGGUGAUGAAAGUGAAGCUUGACAUGGACGCCUACUAUAAGCAAUUGGAGAACCCCGAGGUGCUUGCCUCGUCCGAAGUGGUGUGGACGAAAGCGAUGCGUCGGUUGGCAGUGCUCGUGGAGCAGCUGAUCAAGUACCACGAGCCUCUUCUUUUAGUCGGUGAAACUGGGUGUGGUAAGACUACUGUGUGUCAAGUUGUUGCGCAAGUAAUGGGUCGCCAAUUGGUCACGGUUAACGCUCAUCAAAACACUGAAGUUGGCGACUUAUUGGGUGCCCAGAGACCGGUACGUAACCGUCACCAAACCCGGGCUGAACUCCAAGCUCGUCUUGCCGAAUUGGGCUUUGCUGGCGACGAUGUCGAUGCUCAAUUGGCUGCCUAUACUCAGGCGCAGACUUCUGAUGCUGUGGUGGACUCGUUGACGCUGAGAAUGGCUACUCUCUUCGAGUGGACUGAUGGUCCUUUGGUGCAAGCGUUGAAACAAGGCGAAUUCUUCUUGCUUGAUGAAAUCUCGUUGGCUGACGACUCGGUGCUUGAACGUCUUAACUCUGUGUUGGAACCUGAAAGAACACUUUUGCUUGCUGAAAAGGGUGGCCUGGAAGCCCUGGCUACCGUUACCGGUGUCGCUGGGUUCGAGUUCCUCGCUACCAUGAACCCCGGUGGCGAUUACGGUAAGAAAGAGCUUUCUCCUGCCUUACGUAACCGUUUUACGGAAAUUUGGGUCCCCUCCAUGGAACUGUUCACUGACGUUGCUGAUAUCGUCGCCGCUAAAUUGCCUAAUGCUGAGCUUGUUAAGGCGAUUGUCGGCUUCUCUGAAUGGUUUGCUUUGACUUACGGCCACGGUAAUGCUCAGCUGGGUGUCAUUUCGUUGCGUGACAUCUUGGCGUGGGUCGAGUUCAUUCAGGCUAACCCCAAGUUGGAAGCUGCCGCUGCUUUGGCUCACGGUGCCGCCAUGGUGUUUGUUGAUGCUUUGGGUACUAACGCCACAGCCUUCCUCGCUGAACGAGGGCUUGUGGAGGAGAAACAACGGUGUGUCGACCAGCUUAGCUCGCAGUGGGGGCUGCUGCUUGAUGUCUACUUUAGUGGUAAAGUGACCGUUACUGUCUCCGACACUGCCGUAACUGCCGGCGACUUCAGCGUGCCGGUAGUGGCGGAAGCUGCUACCCGCGACUCAUUUAACCUCCACGCUCCCACCACCGCCACCAACGCCAUGAGAGUGGUGCGGGCGAUGCUGUUGCCUAAGCCUAUUCUUCUUGAAGGGUCUCCUGGUGUUGGGAAAACGUCGUUGGUCACUGCUCUCGCCAAGGCUACCGGCAACAACCUUUGCCGUAUCAACUUAUCCGAACACACCGAUCUCGUCGACUUGUUCGGUUCCGAUGCUCCUGGUGAACGUACUGGCGAGUUUGAAUGGCACGACGCUCCUUUCUUGAGGGCGAUGCAGCGCGGGGAGUGGGUAUUGCUUGAUGAGAUGAACUUGGCGUCGCAACUGGUGCUUGAAGGGCUUAACGCCUGUUUGGAUCACCGUGGGCAGGCCUACAUCCCUGAGUUGGAUAAGACGUUUGCUCGCCACCCUGAUUUCCGAGUGUUUGCCGCUCAGAACCCUCAGUACCAAGGUGGUGGCAGAAAGGGUCUCCCCAAAUCGUUUGUCAAUCGGUUCCUGGUGGUGUACGUCGAUAUCCUCAGUGCCACCGAUUUGCUGAUGAUUCUGACCCACUUAUACCCUCAAGUUCCUGCUGAAACUGUUGACAAAAUGAUUGCUUUCGUUGCUGAGCUCGAUCGUCAACUGGCGCUGUGGGAUGGUGGCCCUUGGGAGUUUAACUUGCGUGAUACCCUCAGAUGGCUCGAGCUUUAUAGCCACCACGCUUCGGUGAGCGAGGACUUGGCUCCCGGUGACUUUUUCGGUACUAUCUUCGGCCAACGGUUCCGAUCAUUGAAGGAUAAGGAAAGGGCUCAGGCUCUCUUCGAGGAUACCGUGGGUUCCAUUCCUCAUCGCGACAAUUACUACCUGAUUUCGUCACAAUCAGUACAAGUGGGGCUGACAUUGAUGCGACGGGCCCACCACUGGACCGCCACUAAGCUGGUGCCUCUUCAGUGUAAUUUCGCCGUGAUGGAGCUGGUAUUACGUGGUAUUGCCUAUAACUUACCCGUGAUCAUCACCGGUCCGCUGAGCUCGGGGAAGACCGAAAUGAUCCGGUUUAUUGGUGGUGUCUUAGGUACCCCCGUCGUUGAAUUCGCCAUGAAUGCCGACGUUGAUCUGAUGGAUAUCUUGGGUGGUUACGAACAGGUGGAUGUGGCGAGAAAAGCCGCCAAGAUAAGAACCGCUAUUUCUGGGGAAAUUAGAGCUUACUGCCAUGGUGAAAUCGCUCAAGGGAACGCCAAUAUCACUCUGCUGCUUGAGUUCUUGGCAUUGUUGGAUACCUCUCCCGAACUCGACCAGUUGUUGGCUGCUUUAGCUGUUUACAAAGCUCUGCGCUCCACGGCGCUGCUUGAGCGCCACUACACUACUCUCAAACUGUUGGAGCUGGCAGCGAACGAAGUGCGCUUUGAGUGGUUCGACGGUAUGCUUGUGGAAGCCGUCGAACGCGGCCACUGGUUGGUGCUUGAUAACGCCAACUUGUGUAACCCCUCGGUGCUUGAUCGUCUCAAUUCGUUGCUUGAAGUGAAUGGGCUGUUGAUCAUCAACGAGUGUGCCCACGACGACGGUCUGCCCCGGGUGAUUAAGCCUCACCCUAACUUCAGGCUCUUCUUAACGGUCGACCCGAAGUACGGCGAGUUGAGUCGCGCUAUGCGUAAUAGAGGGGUUGAAGUGUACGUGGAAGCCCUUAUCGCCAGAGCUACUGAGUUUGAUGCGCUGAUGCUUGCUUCUGGUCCCGACACUGAGCCAGUACCUGCGCUUCGGUUCUUGGACUGUCUGGACCUGUUUUUGCGUCCCUUCCUCGUUGCCGACGCCGCGCCCACUGCUGGUAUUUUGCCAUUCAGCGCCCUCCGUCAUAUGGACGCCUGGAACCUGCUGGUGGCUUCGUUUGGCAUGUUUGAUGCGGCGCUGGUCGCGCUGGUAGUGGCGCCAUUGGCUAAGCUCAGUGACGACGGCGUCGUCGAUAAGUUUUACGAAAUCACUGUCGCUGCCUGGCGCCGCGUCGCUGAGGCGCUGGGCGCUGACAACACCAAUGAUGCCACCGCUAUUGCUGAAGCUGUCCACCCGUUGAUCAACAACGCCGUGGUGGCGCUGGUGCGUGCUGUCGCCGGCGCCACUAUCGACGGUCCGGCGCCGCUGGUGGUGUUCGCCGUGGCGCAAAACUUGGUCGACGCCGGCGAUAUCGUUACCGAAAUCAAGCUGCGGUCACUCACUGCCAAGUUGAGCGACUUAACCCCUGUUGAAGUCAGUGCCGCCUACGAACAAGGGCGCCAGAUGAAGCGGGCGCCACGGUCGCCAUUGUUCCCUUGGAUUAACGCCGUCUACCGCGCCAUGGUUGCCUACUACCAGCGCCUCGUCGCCCAAAUUGGCGUCGCCCCUACUGACAACGGUGCUGCUACCACUGACGAAGCGGCGCCGCUGCUGGUGGCGCUUUUGCACUUGCAAACCAUUUGGUUCCUGCUUGUUGACGCCGGCGCCCACAUUAACGAAGCGAAAUUCGCCAUGUACCAUCAACUUAUUGGCGACUGGGUGCGUGCCCACCCCGAGGCACCCGAAGUUAAGGAAGCGCUCACUCAGUUUCCCGAACGCCACGCCCACGGUAGAGGUUCGCUGAUGACGCGUAUCUGGGAGGCAUUCCGCCUGCUGGCGUACCCGCAACUGGCUGCUGGCUGGCAGCGGGCGCAUGCGCUUGCUGAAGUGUGCGAUGAGUUCGAUCGGGUGGCGGCGGCGCAGUUUACCGAGCUGGCCGACGCCGUGGCGCUGUUGGUGAGCGCGUUGGCGCUGGUGUAUAGCGCCAUCUGUGAUGACGACGAUGGUGCCGACGCCAUGCUCGAACAAGUUAAACAGGGGAUGGCGGCGCUUGCCGAGGUGCUGAAACAAUUCGUCAUCAAGCGCGAGGCCAGCUGCCCUGAGCUUUUCGCCAUGAUUGCUCGUUUCCGGGCGGCGCUUGGUCUUGACGCUGAUCCUCGCCUUGACGUUUUCGCUCAAUGGUCGCUGUGGCAAACUGUGUCGCUGGUAGAACCAUUUUACACCCGGUUAUUUGCUCUGCGGCUGAUGGAGUCGGUGCGCCAGUUAUUCGACAACCAGGUGGUGAUGGGCGCUAUCAACAUGGCGCUCCAGUACGGCAAUACCCCUGGUUACUUGCUUGACCAACGUCGUGCUGAUUGUAAGGAGCUUACCCGCCAAUUGAGCGUCCAGCUGACGGCGAUUCUCGGUGACGUUAUCGACGCCCGCGGCGCCGCUCUUCGCCAGGCUACGCUUGCCGUGUUGAAGCUGUUUGCCGACACUUGUGACGACGCUGAAGCUUAUCUUGCCACCAUUGCUGCCGCCGAAGCUGAGGGCGACCUUGGCGCCAUUUUUACGGCGGUCAGCGCCUCGAGCGAUGCCCACUUCAUCGAGGUGGUCCACCACUACUUGGCUCCGGCGCUCUUAGCGCCCAACAACUGGUACACGUUGGGUAGGGCUCUGGUGAUGUUUGGUGCCGCCAUGCUUCAAUUGUUCGUGCCUCAACUGCCCUACGAUCCUGCCAUCCGAGAAUACGUGGUGUUCGACGUGCUUGCCGCCCAGCGCCGUGCCAGUAGCGCCCUUAUUGAUGAAUGGCGCCAAGUGGCGCAAGUUAUUAGUGGUGCCCCCACUCAUAUUGAAGCCACGCUUGCUGAUGCUCUUGCUGUUCCUGAUGCCGAGCGGCCCCGGGUAUUCCGUGACGCUAAGCGGGCGAUUGACCCGUUGAUCGACGAGUGGAACGCGUUCAUGGAGUCUGCCGUUGACACACAGCCGGUGGCGGCGCUCUUGGGCGCCAUUGAUGGCGAAGACGUCCACGCUGCCGCUAAAGUGGCGAUGUUUGAGGCCAACUCCUACCAGUUCCUUGAACGGGUGCGCGGCGGCCAAUUUGCUGAAUAUGCCGACUUGAACGAUCUCUUAUACUUGUACGUGGCUCUGAUCAAGUUUGGUGUUGAAGUGAUGCAAAUGCUGAAAACAGCGCAACCAGCGCUUACGAACGACUUUGCCAUUGAUGCCCAGCAGUUGUUGGCGGCUCCCCCCGCUGCUUCUGCGGUUAACGCCACCGUCAAACUGCUUGGUGCCGAUGCCGUCAGCGCCGACCGCGUGCUUGUGUUCUUGGCCCAAGCGGCUCUUGCUCGUCCCGAGCGUGAAGGGCUUGAAUACGCUCUUCAAGCUCUUUACCAACGGUGGUCGUUGCGGCGGUUGCGCGACGAAGAGCAGGCGCAGCUGCUGUGGUUCAAGUACACCGGGAUUGAUGAAAACACUGACGAGGAUUUCCGUCGUCUUUUCCCCGACUACGACGAGCAAAUGGACCUUUCUGAUGGUACCGCGCUGAACGCGCUGGUGGAGUCGGUAUACACGGAGUGGGCGCAACUGUACAUCGCCUACUUCGUCAACAACGAGCUGAUGGCACCGAAAGAGUUGGUGGCGGCUGGUGCUAAACUUACUCUCGACCAAGUGGCACCGCAGCCUGUGCUGCCGGCGCUGCUUUCGGCGGCCCAACUCUGCCUUAAGCUGGCGCUUAACUUGGUCGACGAUGACGCCGCCAACUUCUACCACGGCACCAAUGCUCUGGAGUACGCCAAGCUGUACGCCGUUAUCCAGCGCAUCUUUUUCGCUGCCAAGACCCACUUGGCUCAGUGGCCGGAACACGCGCUGCUUCAGGCGAUUGAGCGUACCUGCUGGGAGUACAUGAACUACUCGUUGGCUCAACACCCCGUCGCCCGCUGCCUCGCCAAAGUGGAGCAGAUCUACACUUAUGUCGCUGAGUGGCAAAAGUACGCGCUGAGCCAGGUGCUGAUGGCGGCUCACGUCGACGAGUUGACCAGCUUGAUCGUGGGGUGGCGCCAGCUUGAAUUACAGCUGUGGCCUAAGCUUUUGGACCACGAACUCAAGGUGGCUCAGAACCAGCUGAUGGGUAAAUGGUGGUUCCACCUUUACGAGACGGUGAUGGGUGAUAGCGAUAUCGAUGAGCUUUUGGCGGCGCUUACAGUGUUCAUUGGAGGCGCUGUGUAUGGGGAAUUUGCUCUGCGCCUCCAACUCAUCAAAGCGUUUGCCGCUCACUUGCAAGCUACUGACGGCGACGACGAACGCAUCGCUGCUCUUACCAACUUUGUCGCCUUUUACACUCAGUUUGAGGCCCCUGUCGCUGACGCCAUCGCCCAGUCCCGUACAAAGCUUGAUAAAGAUAUGGCCGAGGUGGUGAUGCUUGCCCGGUGGAAGGAUGUCAACGUCGAUGCCCUCAAACAGCUGUCUCGUCGCUCGCACUUGGCGUUGUACAAGGUGGUGCGCAAGUUCAGAGCAUUGUUGGCGCUGCCGGUGAAACCCGUGAUUGAAGCCGGUGCUCCUACCGCUACCACGGGCGCCUUGGUACUGGUGGCAGUGCCUCAUUUCGUUGAAGCUCAACCCGGUGCUGCUACCUCUAUCAAGCUGUGGUCGCUAAGAAAGCCGAUGUUACGUGAUUUGAGUAUUGUACUCGGUAACGUUGGCGUUUACUCGCAAGCCGUAUUGUCGCAACUGGUGCCGCUGUUGUACCAAUGGGCGAGCGAGUUGGGUGAAGAGAUGACUAAGCUCAGAACGGAAACUCCCAAGACGUUGACUGACGACAAUAAGAAGCUCGUGGCGUCGCUUCGCUCGCUUAAACAUAAGUUGUUGUCGGAUCUGUUGAAGCAAUUGAGAGCGAUGGGGUUGAAGCUUAGAGUGACGAAACAGCCGUUGACACUGGCGCAAUUGAUGCAGACGGAAGCAUUUGUUGGCAAACUUUCUGGAGUUGAUGGCUACUGGUUCAAUAUCCUCGACUUGUUACCUCGUCUCCGCUUUGCUGCCUCUAAGUGCCACGAAGACGUGCCGCAAGUGGAAGUGGACAAAGCCAUGGCCGCCGGUGAAGAUGUUAUCGGCUACUUAACCCUGUGGCGCCGCCCGUUGGCGAAAUUGGAAAGGGGUAUUCUGUCGCUUACUCUGGUGGUUGAUGAGUUAGCUGCGUACGCGUCGCUGGAUCAACAAUUGCCGCCAGCACUGCAAAUCGCGUCGCUUGAGGCUAAUUUGAAGCGUAUCGUUGCCACUAUCCCGCAAUGGUCGGCGUGGGCCGACUACGCUGCGGAGAUUUCGCCCAACCCGGCGUUCGCUAAGCUGCUCCCGCUGCACUCGUUCAUCGCUGCCACCGGCGAAUCGCACCAGUUUGUCGAUAAAUUCAGUGACCAAUGGCAGCAAAUCUACACUGACGUCGCUCAAUUUGCCCUGACUUCCUCUGACUUUGGGUUUGUGGGGUCGAUGGUGUGUCUGUGGAUGGACACCGUCAAGUUCGGUGUGGAACUGCUGACGCUGUUGACUGAGUUAGCCUCUGAAUCGGAUGUGGAACAACAAUUCCGCUUGGUCUCGUCCGCCAUUCUCGUGGUUAUUCAACGGUUCAGCACUCACCGCUUCGCUGGUGACGACGAACAACAACCGUGGUUUAAGCACUCGCAACGGGUGCUCAAAUUGCAAAUUGCCAGUCUUGCAGUUGACAAGGUCGCUGGCCAACUUGCUGCCUGUGUUCGUGCUUUGAAGCUGGUAGAGUACUGCGAAGCCUCCAGCGAAGCCGUGAUGGCCCUUAUUCGAUUCACGAUGCCGUUGAUCUCUGCUUACGCCCAGGUGGUGUCUCAAGUGUUCACCAGAGCCCGCCACAACUACGUCGAUGUGUCGCACGCUGGUUAUAACCUCUUGAAGCUGCUCCACGAUAUUGCUGCCAACGGGUUCUGCUCGCCUGCCCCGCCUCAAGACGAGGAAAAGACCGACCCUAAUCUCCACGACGGGACCGGUCUCGGCGACGGUGCUGGUGCUCAGACCAAUAACGAUGACGUCGACGCAGAUGACGACGAUAUUGCCGACGAGGCUCAGCGUGAUAACGAAGAAAAGGACGAUGGUGAUAACGACGACAAUGACGACGCGGUGCUGAUGGACGGCGACAUGGCUGGUGAUAUGGAACACGGCAGUGACCAGGACGACGAUGAUGAAGACGCUGACGAAGACGAAGAGCUUGACGAACAGAUUGACGACAUCGACGACUUGGACCCCAACGCUGUGGAUGAAAAGAUGUGGAACGAUGAAGCGGAAACUGAACAAAAGGAGAAGGACACCGAUACCAUGCCUGACCAAGCCACCAACGACGACGACAUGCAAGCCAAUGAGGACGAAGACGAAAAUCAGAAGCCUCAGAAGGAUGAUGACCGUCAAGCGGCUAACGAUGAAGACUGUGAUGAAAAUGACCAAAAGGAUGGUGAUGAGAAGGAAGACGGUGAAGAUGGUGACGAAGAAGAAGAGGAAGAAGAAGACGGGGUUGCUGAGCAAGAAGACGACGUGCGCAACCAGGAGAACGAACAGAUGGACGACCACGUGCCCGAGCUGGAAGUCAUGGACUUACCCGACGAUAUGAACUUGGACGGUGACGAUGAAGAAGAUGACGGGAAGGAUGAAGAAAUGCGUGACGACUUUGACGACGGUGACAGCGAUCACGACGAUGCCAAGGACGAAAAGGCUGACGAAGAUAUCGACAACGGUGAAGGUGAUGAAGACGACGAUGCCAUGGAUGAAGACGAAGCUGAAGGUGAGGAGAAUGAAGAUAAGCCCAUGGACCCGGAAACCGUUGAAGAAGAAGGUGAAGACGGUGAAGAAGCUAAUCUGGACCCGGAACAGAUGGAAGACCCUCUUGAACUGGACGUGGAGGAAGUGGAACGUCAAGACAAACAGGAUGAGGAGGGUGGCAACCAGGCCCAGGAUACAGAAGAAGCCGCUGACGGUGGUGACGCUGAAGACGAAGACGUCGCUGAUGAAGACAUGGAUGCCGCUGCUCAGCAACAACUGGGCCAAUCAGGCCAAGGUGACGACGCUGAGGCUCAACAAGAGCAAGACGAUGUCGGUGGCGCUGGUGAAGCUCAGGCUCCUCAACAGGACCAAGACACUGACGCUCAAGAAGACGUGGCUCGCCAACAAGCUCAAGAGCUGAUUAAACAGCUUGGUGACGCCCUCAAGGAGUUCCACCGUCGUCGCCAGGAAAUUAACCAGGCGCUGGAAGAAACCAAGCCGGAACAAGAGCUGGCCAACCAGCGUCCCGAUGAGUUUGAGCACGUGGACGGGGCCAACACCAACCACGAUACUCAAGCUUUGGGCGCGGCUGACUCUAAGGACCAAGUGCAAGCGCUCGACGAUAACAUGGCCAUCGACGACGACGAGCCUGAGCAAGAGCCUAACGCCGAGCAACAGCCGACCGAAGUGAAACAAGAGGAUGAAGAAAUGGUCAAGGAAGACGACGAAGAAGUGGAUGCUGAUGAUGCUGGUGACGUCGAUGCUCCUCAAGACGGGGCGGCGCUGUCGGUGGUGGGUGAACGUAAGCCAAUGGAUAUGGCCCAAGACUUCGACAUGGCCAACCAGCUCGAAAUGAGCGACGACGAAGAUGAAGAAGCUGAGAAUGAUGUUAUCAGGCCCGAUAACCUGAUUGACCGCGAGGAACCGCCUCGUCUGGCGGAAGAAGCCCGUGAACUCUGGACUAAGGCCGACCGUGCCACCCAGGACUUGGCUUCAGGGUUAUGUGAGCAAUUGCGUCUUAUCCUCGAGCCCACCUUAGCCACCAAGCUUAGAGGCGACUACAAGACGGGGAAGCGUCUCAACAUGAAGCGGAUUAUUCCCUACAUUGCCCUGGAGUUCCGUAAGGACAAGAUUUGGUUGCGGCGCACUAAGCCGCUGAAGCGCCAGUUCCAGAUCAUGAUCGCCGUUGACGACUCCAAGUCGAUGAGUGAGCUGGCCACCACUGAGCUUGCGUUCAACUCGAUUGCUCUUGUGGCGAAGGCACUUACUCAACUUGAGCUGGGCGGCCUUAGUGUCGUCCGUUUUGGCGAGGACGUGAAGGUGGUGCACCCCUUCGAGCGCCAGUUUAACGCUGUCGAUACCGGGGCCCGCGUGUUCCAGUGGUUCGACUUCCAGCAGACGCGUACCGACAUCACUGCCCUCGCUCGACGCUCACUUAAGUUGUUUGAUGAUGCCCGGGCUAGUGCCGCUAACGGCGAGUUGUGGCAGCUCCAGAUCAUCUUGUCGGACGGGGUGUGUGAGGACCACGCCACCGUCCAGAGACUUGUGCGUGAAGCUAGAGAGCACCGGGUGAUGAUGGUGUUCGUGGUGAUGGACGGCAUCAACUCGCAGGAGCUGAUUUUGGACAUGAGUCAAGUGAGCUACGUUCCCGACCCUGUGACGGGAGCGAUGACGUUGAAGGUCGACAAGUACUUGGACACCUUCCCCUUCGAGUACUACGUGGUGGUGAAGAACAUCAAGGAGUUGCCCGAAAUGUUGGCACUCAUCUUGAGACAGUACUUCAGUGAAGUGGCCCAGACGUAA